CCCUAAAAGAGAUUCCUCUAAUUAUCCUUUUCCUUUUCUGGGAUAAUUUGAUAAAGUAAAAAGAUAUAAAUAGAAGAAGUGAAACUUAUUCUAAGUUCAAGAUCAUGUUCGCACUUGAUCGGAUUACCAAAACAACCUGAACGAUUAACACAAGCCAUUUCUGCAUUAAUGUAAUUGACCCUUUUUGCAUGGGAAUUAAUAUGUCUGCUUCUUCUUCUUAUUCUGAAUUGAAUUCUCCUUCGUACUACUGUUUCAACAUAAAGCCUAUUUAUACCCAGAUCCUUUUAGCAUCUUGCAUUGGAUUAAUCCUUUCAGCGGCUGUGUAUUAUCGGCUCAAGAAUUUCCGAAACCAGAAGAUCAUUCCACGUAUUGAUGUUUCGCGUACCAGGAAGGUCCUCAAGUUUGAAAAUUUUUCCCAUAAUGUAGCUAGACAAAUGGGAUUUGCAGAUAGAAGAGAGUGUCCGCAUAUGUGUAAGCUAGCUACUGAGUACAUAAUAAAAUCAGAAGGGUGUGAAGAAGAUAUGUAUAGCUACUUUUCUAAUGAACCAGAUGCUGAUUCGCUGUUUAUAAAACUUGUUGAAGAGUUUGAGAGAUGCAUCCUCAGUUACUUCGCUUUCCAUUGGAGUCAGGUUCCAUAUAUGAUGAGCCAGGUAUUGAGUGCUGAUCACUUUGAGCCCAAAAAGAAGCUCCAAAACAUUGUCAUGGCUGCUACUAGGGAACAAAGAUUUGAAAGGGUGACAAAGAAUCUGAAGGUUGCAAGAGUUCUUACUACCUUAGUUGAGGAGAUGAAAGCAAUAGGACUUGUUUCUUCAGAUGAUUCACAGUGCACAGAUGUGAUGGUGCCAAUGGCUCACAAAGAUAGAAGCCCUGUCCUCCUCUUUAUGGGUGGUGGCAUGGGUGCUGGGAAAAGCACCGUGCUCAAGGACAUUCUCAAAGAACCAUUCUGGAUUGGAGCUGCAGCUAAUGUUGUUGUGAUAGAAGCAGAUGCCUUCAAAGAAUCAGAUGUUAUUUACAAAGCUCUUAGCUCCAGGGGACAUCAUGACAUGCUGCAAACUGCUGAACUGGUACAUCAGUCAUCAACAGAUGCAGCAUCAUCCCUGCUUGUAACAGCACUCAAUGAAGGAAGGGAUGUGAUCAUGGAUGGCACGCUGUCAUGGAUACCCUUUGUAGUGCAGACAAUAACCAUGGCUAGAAACGUUCACCGGCGCCGCUACCGCAUGGGGCCCGGUUACAAAAUAGAGGACGAUGGAAGUGCUACUGAAAACUACUGGGAACAGAUUGAUGAAGAACAAGAAACUGAUGGAAUUAGAAAGAGAAGACCUUAUAGAAUAGAAUUGGUUGGAGUUGUCUGUGAUGCUUAUUUAGCCGUCGUUAGAGGCAUAAGGAGAGCUAUCAUGUGUAGGAGAGCUGUUCGGGUAAACUCACAACUUAAGUCACACAAGAGAUUUGCUAGAGCAUUCAAUACAUACUGUCAGCUUGUGGAUAAUGCAAGGUUAUAUUCCACUAAUACUUUGGAAGGCCCCCCUAAGUUGAUAGGAUGGAAGGAUAGAGACAGGACAUUGUUGGUGGACCGUGAUGAGAUAGAUGUAUUGGAUGUGGUAGGGAGGUUGAACGAAGGAGCUGACUCCAUAUAUGAACUUUACAAGAACCCUCAUCCAGCUUAUCAAUCUGGCUCAGUUUGGAAAGAUAUUGUCAUGUCACCUUCUAGAUUGAACAUUCAGAAGGAACUCAAGUAUUCUAUUCAAAAAGUUGAAAGAAUGAAACCCUGAGUUAAUAAUGAUUCUUCAAAGCCUUCCUCUUUGUACAACUGUUAUAUCAACCUUCAGUUUCUUUUUUUUUUUUUUUUGGUUUUACCAUCCAUUUUUGAAGGUCACUGGCCCAACCAAUCUUGAUUCAAGCCGCGGCUAAAGGGGGAAGCAGUCUCCAUUCUGAGGCCUCAUUACUGAACCUAGCUUCAGCUCUUUUGUGUCUCAGGCUUUGUAGUCUUGACGGUCACAUCGAGUUGUAGGUUUGAUAGAUGAAAGCUGAGACCUCAUGUAAAGAAUACUUGUGUCUUUAUUUGUUUGUGUGUACCACGUCCCCAAUAGUUAAUGUAUGUUACAAUAACUGGAAAUAUACAUGCCGGAUAAAGUUCAAACA